ACCAGCCUCUCUCUCUCUCUCUCUCAGCCUCGACGGACUCCUCGAGGCCUUAGUUUCUCUCUCUCACUCUCUCUAUCCGUCUCCGGCGCUCAGAUCUCGACCGUCUGAGUCUCCAAAAUGCAGACCGCCGCCUUCACUCUCUCCCCCUCUCUCCCUCUCCUCAAGUCCCGCCGCCUCUCCGCCCACUCCUCCACCCUCAGAUUCGCUCCCACGCGCGUCUCCGCCUCCCUUAAGCCUACCACCGCUCUCACCUCCUCCGCCAAUGACGCCGACCUCUCCGCCUCUCUCUCUCGCCGAUCCUGGUCCGGCUUCUCCUCCUCCGACUUCAAGCUCAGGCCGUGGACUUCUCCCGCCCUCGAUCGGAGCCGCUUCGAGGUCGCCGCUGCUGCCGAGAGCUCCGGCGAGACCGCCGAGCCGAAGAGUAGCUUGUUCAAGACUCUUGAGCUCGGGUCGUUGUUUGGACUGUGGUACCUGUUCAACAUCUACUUCAAUAUCUAUAACAAGCAGGUCUUGAAGGUGUUUCCAUACCCAGCAACUGUUACCGGAAUACAAUUUGCUGUUGGAUCGGUUGUUGUUAUGCUAAUGUGGGGUUUGAAUCUCUACAAGAAGCCGAAAAUCAGCGGUGCACAGCUCGCAGCAAUUCUGCCUCUGGCCGUUGUUCACACUUUGGGCAACCUUUUUACUAAUAUGAGUCUUGGGAAAGUGGCUGUAUCAUUCACCCACACGAUCAAGGCUACUGAGCCCUUUUUCUCCGUUAUCCUUUCUGCCAUGUUUCUCGGUGAGAUACCAACUCCCUGGGUGGUUGCUUCCUUGAUACCAAUUAUUGGUGGAGUGGGACUGGCAUCGGUUACUGAGGCCUCAUUUAACUGGGCGGGAUUCUGGAGUGCCAUGGCUUCCAAUUUGACAAACCAAUCUCGGAAUGUCCUCAGCAAGAAGGUCAUGGUUAAGAACGAGGCAUCUAUGGACAACAUUACACUCUUCUCGAUAAUAACAGUCAUGUCCUUUUUCUUGUUGACUCCUGUGGCCAUCUUCUUAGAAGGGGUGAAAUUUACACCAGCAGCUAUGACAUCUGCUGGAUUGAAUCUAAAUCAAUUAUAUGUGAGGUCUCUUAUUGCUGCACUCUGCUUCCACGCGUAUCAGCAGGUUUCAUAUAUGAUAUUGCAGAGGGUAUCACCUGUUACUCACUCUGUCGGCAAUUGUGUGAAGCGAGUGGUGGUUAUCGUGAGCUCUGUUAUCUUCUUCAAAACACCGGUCUCACCUAUUAACUCUCUUGGAACUGGGAUUGCACUCGCUGGAGUUUUCUUGUAUUCAAGGGUGAAGCGCAUCAAGGCAAAGCCGAAGACUGCUUGAAGUAUUGUGACGAGUCUGUUGAAUUAAACUGUAGAUCAGGGAGUUGGAAGCUUUCUUUUUUGGUGAAAAGAAACUAGUUAGCUUGGUUCUUGUCAUUCAAGUUUUAAAUUUUUGGCUUCUAUUUUGCGGACCAAAUGAUGUACUAUCAUCUGUAGUCUUUGGUUUUAAGUGUAAUUGAAAUUUCCCUGGGGUUUACGAAUGAGGAUUGAAUGUAGAAUGCAUUUUCAUUAUACAAGAAUCGCGACUAAACUUCCCUCA